GUACUUUAAAAAAAUCACGCGAGCUUCUUCAAUAGGGUAAUACAUUAAAGACGACAAGGGUAACACUAGAAAACGAUAGCAAGACAAAAAACAAAACGCCAAAACGCCAAAAGUUCUCUUCGUCCGAAAUGAGUUUAGCGGACGACUUAGCCUGGUCGAUGGUCGAGGAGGCCGUUAUGCGGGACCGCGGGUUUGACGAGGAGAAGGCCUUGGCGAAUAUUGUCCGUUCCUACCUCGUGCGGCGAGGGAUGGCCCGCACACUCGAGGCCUUUGAUGCCGAUCUUUUAGACUACGCGUGCGAUAAUCACACCUCGCCCGAUGUAGAGGAAGGCCCAUUUAAGGUUCCUCGAACGGAUUCAGAAGUCGUAAAGCUGCCUAGUAUUUUGACGGACGUCCAGAAACGAAAAAAUGCGCAAAUUCUUUGCUUAAAGGAGCACUACGCGAAAGCAGCGGCAAUCUUGCCUGCACGAUCGGUUGUUCGUAUAAAAUUGCUUUGUAUGGAGUCGCUUAAAAUUGAAAAUGAUCAACUGGCGAUGACGUACGUCGCGACAAAAGUCGCGCCUUUGGUUCCUCAAUGCGUGGACUCGCAAACCGCGCAUGGUAUUUAUUUAGACAGUGUUUCCUACCUUCUUAACAGAAACGGCUCCACAAAAAUAAUGGACAAAGCCUUGUAUACUCCCCAUGAGUUAGCCCGAGAGGUGAAUGAGGAUUUAUUGCAUUCAACAGGGCCAAGCUCUCUAAAUGUUCUUUUAUCCUGGGCAGAUUGGCAACAAAAGAAUGCUUUUCCUUUGUAAUCUAUUAUUUUCAUCUUACGGGGUUCCUUGCAAGAUAAUAUAGAUAUAUUUAUAUGUCACUCCCAUGAUCUUUCACUGUCAUUGCUUAAACUUCACUAAACGCGAUUCCUUUAUGUUUUUGAUUUGGUCAUCCAAGUUUUGACACUAGUCUCUAUUAUUUCAUACAGAGUUGACAAACUCGGUGAACCAAUCAGAAGCCGAUGUUAAUAUUCUUUUCUAUUUUUUUUUCUUUAAUAAUAGAAUAUAGAUAGUUUGAAAUGAUCCAAUAGUCUUUUUUGGCCUUUGUUUUAUACUUUAUGGUGCUGUUUAUGCCAACAAUAUCCGGGUGCAUGGUGCUCUGUGAUUGAACCAGCCUUAGACAAGGCAGAUGCAUGUUGCCGGGUUUAGGAAUAGACCAGCGGUGAAAUUAAAGUCCUUUUGCCAGUAUAUAAUAUUCAUUCUUUUUAAUGAUCGGUCUCGAUACACAUUAUAUUAUUUAAAAAUAUUCAAGGACCACAAAUAACGAAAUUCUUAGAAAGGUUUAUUAUUAUUAGAAUUUACAAAUUUUCUAUAGUAUUUUGUAAUAGUAUUUUUAUAAUGAACAUUCUUCAAAAGCUGGGUAUUAUUGAUUUUAUAAUAAGGAACCACAUACAAAAGUUGGUCUGAUAUUUUUUAACAAACUAUCGUUUGUUUUUUUGCGUUGAUCACGACGAUUGGAUAUAGCUACAUGAUUUUACUUGACAAUUUAUCUCCCCUAAAAGGAAAGGCUUUGGCAUCCUGAUAUCUUAGCGAACCUUUUCUAUUUUGUGCUUCCCCCUUAGGUAGGUUGUCGAAUUAUGUUGAGGCAUGCAGAUAUGUAUGGGUUCGGGUAUUUUUAAGGGUAUUAUUUCGCAGAGUGCUUUUGUUAUAUUCUAUGGUUAACAGCACUCUUAUAGUCUUACCCUAGAUGUGAAUAAUAUACGGGAAUAAUGCUUUGAUCGGCUCUAUGCGCACUCACACAUGAGGAAGAUCUUAAAA